AUGAUUUACCCACGUUUGCGGGUGGAGGUUUCUUACUCCUCCACUGUUAUCAUGAUGUGGGUAGUUCUACUAGCUGUGAUGUCAUGGAACGCCAAUCACUCCAUGCAGAGCCUGACCAUUUUGUUUCUUUCCACCGUCGCAUUGACAUCGCCCCACGGAGAGAGUCGAAUGCUUCUUCCCAUGCUGUUCUUGUCGGAACACUUGCUAGAUAAUCUCUUUUUAUCAGGUCGAUCCCCACUCGAGUUUUAUGCUUCAACGCUCCUCUCCUACCUUACGCUUGUUGUUUGUCGUGCUGCAAGGAAGAGGAAAUGCAAUGAAAACAUCUUCAUUGGAUCUGUCAUUUGCGCCGCCGAGGUUAUUGUGGUGUUGUAUUUCAUUUCUGAGGACUGUGUCAUGUCUUUUGGGGCUGCUGCAUUUGUGUUGUUAGGACUUGCGUUUUUCCUUGCCCUCCUCCCUGUUAUAGGGGAAAAUGAGGCCGUAUUGAUCAGUUCAUUGGUGGGGUUUUACAUUUUUGACAUGGUGACAAACAACAGCCUUACUGAAGGGGAGUCAUCGCCUCAUGCACCCGGUCUCUUCACGAAGAAGACACACAUUGCGGCACGAGGGGCUGUUAUUUGUGCCAUUUCUAUGAAUGCGGUAUUGUUCCUGGGCUCUAAAUGUUGUAUGGUUCCCCGCGUCAACAUUUCUAAAUCUUCGGAAAGAGUUAUCAGCGUUGAACGGAUUACAAUUCUCUUUUGGUCUUCAUUAGUCUGCGUUGUUGCCGUCAUAUAUUAUUUGGUAGGCUUUCAUCUCCGAGAAGAUACGUUAAUGUGGAUGAUAAACUAUUUUACAUCGGCUCGUCACCGUCCAUGGAUACUUUUAUUGUGGGGGGGAGCAGUUCCAUUGUCAGUUAUAUGUGUAGAGAGAUUUACUGGUGGCCUGCGCAAAACAGCGAGGCGGAAAUUGUUUCAUUUCAUCGCCGUUGUUCUCUUCACCCCUGUGGCUCUUGUGGAUCCACCAUUUCUGUCACUUUCACUCUCCAUCGCCUCCUCAAUUGCCAUACUUGUGGAGCUGUCCCGUUUUUAUGGGGUCUACGGUUCAUCCACCUUAAAUGCGUUUAUGCUGGAGCACAUAGACGGUCGUGAUUCAAUCAGGGGCGCGGUGCGCACGCAUAUUUAUCUCAUUUAUGGACUGGGCCUCUCCAUGAUGCUGCGUUUCCGUUACGAGCGACCAGAACCGGUAUUGGAGUUUUCAAGUUGGAUGGAGCUUGCAAUUCAUAUUAUUCCGGGUCUUGUUUCUCUGGGCAUUGUGGACGCGUGUGCCGGCAUCGUGGGAAGCACCUUCCUCCUUUCGUAUCGUCGGGCUUUGGGACGGUAUCUAAAUAACAGCUUCUUUACCGAGCGGGCAAAUUCGUCUAUAACACACAAGACGACGACAGGGACAUUCGGAGGUUUAUUAUGUGGCGUUCUAUUUUGGUUGUUCAUAUUGUUGGUGGCGGGGAACAUAAGGGAGGCGGAUGCGGGGCACAGUUUUAUUCUCAUACUUGUUUGUAGCCUCACGGAAUGUUUUAUGGACGGCAUAGACAACCUACAGCUCCCUUUAGUGGUGGACGGGGCCGUCCAUACAUUACUUGCGUUUCUCGUGCACAAAAAGAAGGCGAAAUGA